AUGUUUGGGUCUAAUUGGCAAGAAGGCCAUGAUCUGCUCAACCAUGAAGGACCGAUAGAGUUAUCUCUUCCUGAAGAUAACGCCGCUGCGCUGGAAAUUAUCUUCGCGAUCAUCCACCACCAGAACAAUGAGGUGUCUCGAGCCAUUCCUGCACGUCGAGUCCUAGAUGUUGCCAUUACAACGGACAAGUAUGAUUUUAUCAACGCCAUGAAAUUAGCAAGCGAGACCUUGCUACGAACUAAGAAAAGGGGAGCUGACGACCUCAUGUUUCUCACCGCGGCGGCAUACCUGUUCCAAAAUGCACAAGCGUUCAAGAAAAUUACGAAGGCAUUGAUCCUCAAAUACCCUGCUCCAUAUCUCAAUCUUGCAUGCAAAGGGAUUGAAUCAGUUUUGACUUGGAGAGUAUUCCGUGAGUAA